CAUAUCAACAAAGUUUCAUAAAGAAGAUAAGAUCGAAGGAAGAAUAACGGAGGACAAAUUAUCCAAUAUCACACCAAGAUGACAUACGCUUCCUCUCAGAAUAUAAUGCCAUUUGUAAGUGAGCUUAGAGCUACAGGCCACGGGGAAGUUUGGGAUCAUACAGACGAAAAAAAGCUUCAGCAGUUUGGUUGGAGAUGCACGAAUACCGAGAGUUCCUACAACACAAAUACUCUGAUCGGCAACUGGAAUGAACAGCGAUUUGACAUCAAUAGAAUUUCAAAACCAAAACCAAUUCCUUCACAGGUAAAAUAACUGUAAGGCCCUCUGCUUCAUCAAUUCAAUCAGGAUUUUUUUAUCUUAGAUUUCUCGCAAAUCAGAACGAACAAAGUCCAGCCGUAAGUACCUUAACCGCAACCUUUUCGAUUCAAAUCUGCAGUAUAAUCACUAUUUUGAAACGACGUAUGGUACUGGAUAUCAUGCAGUUGACAGAAGCAAAGUACCAGAGGCGUUAAAACAUCUUGAAGGUGAGCAAGAAUGUAAUUUUUUUUCCUAGUUCGUAAUUCUUCAAAGCGUGACGCAGUAGGGGUUGCGUUACAUUCCAUUUACUGUACAAGCUAAACUCUAAGGGAUACCAUUAUCACAGCCUCCAUAAGGUAUCACGAGCCUUUAAGCAACCCCAGGUUGAACAUAACCACAGUUAUCAUUGAUAUAAAGACUAGUAAACAAUGAUUGGAACUAAGGCCUGCCAUUCCUAGUAGCAAUUGGGGGAAGGAGGGGGUUCUGAGGUGGACAGGCAUACUAAUCUCCCACUUCCUUUACAUUGACUUCCAGUAUCUUAAACCUUCAAUUCCCACUUUCUGCCCUUUACUGGUGUACAUUACUGAACAAGCAAUAGAAUGCUCAUUUUAUUGGUUUAUGACAUAUAUCAGUGUAAUAACCCACUUAGGAUGUUGGGAGAACACAAGAAAAGUUUGUAACUCACCAUGCAGGUGGGGAGAAGUGAUUACCAACUUUUCACUUAAUUUUUUGCCCAACAUCUUGUGUCAGUUAUUAUAUAUUGCUUUUAUAAAAUAAAUAUGGUUUUACCAGUGCAGCAACCAAUAGGUUUUCGAUAAAUCAGAACAUUCAAAUCAGAAUUUUCCCUUCUUCUUUUCCUUGUGCCAGUGCAUACAACCAGUAAAAACCAGGCUUAACUGUUAAGUAGAGUCAUGUGAAAGUAAACUUGUGGUUGAAGAUCUGAUUUUAAAAUUUUUUGUUUUUUUUUCUUUUAAAGCAAGAGAACCAAUAGCAUUUCCAGGUCAUCAGCCAGAACUUGAUCCAAAAGUGCUCAAGAAACAGUACAACUCAUUUGUGACAACAUCUAGAGCAGCCUUUGGUGAUCCAACUUUGCAGAAAUAAGUCUGAUUAAUUAUGAAAACCAGUGGAAAUCCCAACUUGGGUUAAUUUUUGUGCUUCUAAAUAGUCACAAUGCCCCAAAUUUUUUGUUAAGAAAGCAACAACAUUUUUCACUAAGAAUAAAGAGGCAGACUUAAAUGUCACUCUAUGGUAAUGAAAGGUUCUAACAAUUUUUAAAUAGUGACAUACAAUUUGUUUUCAAAAUUGACAUCACAUUUUCAAACAAAAGCACAGUGUAUUAAUAUAUUUAGUGCCAACAAAUAGUUUUGCAAUAUAUUUUGCAUAUUUAUGCUUUCCAACAAUUGUCACAGAACAGAAAAUAAAACUUUGAAAUUUAAAUAAGACUCAAUGAUAAUUUUGUGUACUUUACUUUUAUGUACACAUGCAAAGUUGUGAUAUUUUAAACCAAACCUCAAAAUAACUGGCCAAAUGAAGAGAGACCACUUUUUAAUAACAGGCUUCAAAAAAAUUUUUUUUAAACUUGAUUGCAGCAC